AAUCAGAUCGGACUUAUACUGUCGGAUAACUUAACGUAACGUAACGUAACGUAACACAACUUAAUACAUAUUAAUGAAGCAUGAGACCUCCACCCCGAAACCUUCAGGAAUUAUUGUACCAGAAAUUGAUUGAUUCACCUGCAUUCAAUAAUUGGGUCCGAAAGAUCCAUGCUAGGAUCAACAGAAUUCCAUAUAACCCCCAUCCUGAUACUAUACCAAAAGUUACCAAUAUUGAUAUGGAACUGUAUAAACCCACGCGCUUGCAUCGAUUCAAUGCGUAUCGAAUAAUUUGGGUGGAUGAGAUGAAACGCUCGUUUGGAUUGCGCAGAUGAGUGAGAUAUGGUAGUU